AUGCGUGGUGCCUUUGGAAAGCCCCAGGGUACAGUGGCCAGGGUCCACAUUGGCCAGGUCAUAAUGUCCAUCCGCACCAAGCUGCAGAACAAGGAGCAUGUGGCUGAGGCCCUCCGCAGGGCCAAGUUCAAGUUCCCUGGCCGCCAGAAGAUCCACAUCUCCAAGAAGUGGGGAUUUACUAAGUUUAAUGUAGAUGAAUUUGAAAACAUGGUGGCAGAAAAGUGGCUCAUCCCAGAUGGCUGUGGGGUCAAGUACAUCCCUAAUCGUGGCCCCCUGGACAAAUGGCGGGCCCUGCACUUGUGAGAGCCUUGGCGCUGCCC